CUGCCAGUCUUUUGGAACAUGGCGGAUUAAUAAGACGUGAAAUUAGUGUAGUGAGCGUUGCGAAAAUCAUUAAAAAUGAAGAAAUAAAUAUGAAAUAGCGAAUUUCCUUAACAUGUGCACCUAGUUAAUUUUAACAUACGCUAAAUAUACCAAGUUAAAUAAAGAACUUGCCGUAAUAAUUUUAAAUAUCAAAAUUGUGAAAUGCCAAUUAUGGUUGUCUCGUGUUAAGUGACGCUCGUGCACGAAAGCAAUGCUUCAUUGUACUGUGUAGAAUUAACGCCGUUAGUUCGGAGAAAAUGUGUUUAUUACUUUGCUGAAUCCCAAGUGCGCUUUGUAUAAUAAUACCAAUGUAAAUUACCAAUAAAAAAUAUUCAUAAGAUAGUGCAUAACUCAAUGCAUUUUCGAUAGAAGAAGAAAUAGUACAAAAAAUUUGUGUUGCGGUUAUUAUAUGCAUACGUAUAUAGUAACUAUAUAGUUGUGUAUAAACAUGUGUUUGUGUGUAGGCAGUAUAUGCAGCAUCACCCCACUAACCAGCGUGCUAUGUCUGCGGAAUGGAGUCCAAUUCAACUUUAUGUUGAUAAUAUUUUUGAAUCUUUUGCUGAAUUCACGCAGUCAAUUGCUCAUCAACGUACAAAAUCAAGGUGGUGAGGUCAUACAAGAGAGCAUCACUUCCAAUGUCAGCGAAGACAUAAUUACUUUAGAGUUUCAAAAAACAGACGGCACGCUCAUCACACAAGUCAUUGAUUUUCGAAAUGAGGUGAAAAUCGUGAAAGCGCUCGUGCUGGGCGAAGAAGAACGUGGUCAAAGUCAAUAUCAAGUCAUGUGCUUUGUUACGAAGUUUAAUAAAGGUGAUUUUAUAUCAUCUGAUGCUAUGGCUAAAUUGCGUCAAAAAAACCCAAGUACGAUACGUACUCCCGAAGAGGAUAAGGGACGAGAAACAUUUACGAUGACAUCUUGGGUGCAUCUUAAUCGUUCGUUGCCAAUAACACGCCAUCUGCAAACGCUAUGCGCGGAGGCGGCAGAUGCGACUUAUGUGCGUAGUGUCGAUUUGAAGGCGUGGUCUGAGUUGCCAGGCUCCUCCAUAUCCAGCCUCGAAGCAGCAACUGAGAAAUUUCCCGAUACACUUUUCUCGCGCUGCAAUGAGGUUAGCGGUCCGUGGGCACCCUGUCUUUGCACGCUCGAAACUUGUAUUGGCUGGUAUCCAUGCGGUUUGAAAUAUUGCAAAGCAAAGAAUGGCGCCGGCGACUCGUCAGCUGCACAAUCCAACUAUCGUUGCGGCAUUAAGACGUGCCGCAAGUGCAGUCAAUUUACCUAUUACGUGCGACAGAAGCAACAAUGUCUGUGGGAUGAAUGACGCGGGCUGCAUAUGGGCUUUGGCAGUUACUGCAAUCAUAAAACUUGUACAGUGAAUCAGUGGCCAACGACACCAACGCAAACAGCGGCAGUAACAACCUCAACAACAAGAACGACAACGGCAGUAGUAGCAGCCGCAGCAGCAGCAGCGGCGGCGGCGGCGAUGGGCAAAUCGUUACCGCUGUCCGUGUCACCACAUCGACACUGGUAUGCUAAUAAGAAUAUAUAUUGUGGCAGCAAUAAACACUGCGUUUCGUACAACAACAAUCGCGACUUUGCCACCGCGGUGGCAGCCAAUCAAGAACAAAUGUUUCUGCUGCAAUUGCCAUUGCUCUUCGUAGUAUCGUCUUCAUCGGAUUCCGCAGCAGCUGCGACGACAGUAAACUAUUGAAGCUGUUUUCGAAAACAAGUAAACCUUUUCUUUUCCUUACAUUUAAAUAGUUUUGGUUUAGUUGCGUAGCAUAGUGUAAAUACGUAGUUAUAUAUAUACAUAUAUAUAUAUAAGGAGUUAUCGAUAUAAGCAAUUUUUAGUAUAUUCGAUAAGCAUCAAUUGAUUUCCGAUUACGCGACAAUUGUGCCAUUUAAAAUGCAUAUUUCUCAAAAUUUUCGUGUAUUCCUUGAAACGUCUUCUUGUUUAAACCUCAAACUGUAUUUCUUUGAAAAAACAAAAUCUAUUCAAGACUGUUAAUGUGUUAGUGUUGUAUAGUAUAUAAUUAUAAGUGAUAUAUCAUUUGCGUCGGUUAUGUAGAAUAUCCCAAAAUUCGAGUAUUCCUCUACGCACACAAGUUGAAAAUUAUUUUGCGUAUUUCUUUCAGUGUUUUUUAUAACAUUGUUCCUUUAUUUUAUCUAACCUAAAAACUUUAGCUUUUUAUUUCUUUUUCAAAUUAAAAUUAAUUCUUCAAACCGGCAACACUUGUGAUGUAACCGGACAU